AUGCCUGUUUUACUGACUGCUGUGAGACUCAUCUUUAAAGCUUCUCCUGACAGAACCACCUACCUGUAUCCGGUUCAUAGAAAGGGGGAUUGGAAAGAUAUCAACAACUAUAGAGGAGUUUGUGGAGUUGCUUUAUGUGCAAUUUCCAAACUAUUCGAAUUGAUCGUCAUGGAUCCGAUUUUCUCCUACUGCAAGCAAAAAUUUUCAAUCGAUAAGCACGGAUUUAUACCCAAACACUCCACAAUAACUAACCUGUUGACCUUCACCUAUGUACGCGAAAGUUUUGCUGCUAAGUCUCAAACUGACGCCAUUUAUAUUGAUUUGUCAGCAGCGUUUGAUAUAGUGAACCACGAUAUCGAGGCUCUUCUCGGUAAAACGCCCGCACUUUCUUCCAGUAUCAGCAAUAAUAUCAACACCAACAGCAGUAACAACAACAGGAUAUCCCUUCUGACUGACAGCGACAGGAAAGCUGAAUGA